GUCGCUGCCUCCGGUCGCCGCUGGUCGCCGCCGCCGCCCCGCUCGCAGACCCAGCGGACGCCGGCAUGCCGACGAUCAGGCCAGACUCCACAGCGCGGUGUUCGGGUCGCAGCCAAGGACCGGCCGGUCGACCGAGGCCUGCAGCGGCCUCCAAGAACGCCCCAAAUUGUAUCGCCCAGCGCCCGUCGCCGCUCGGCACCCAAGCGUCCCAUCCUGAUCUCUCCCAUUUGCCUGCCCGAGCCCAACCCGAGGCUACCACGUCCAUCUUCGCUGUCGCUCCUAGCUGCAUAUGUCACCCCGCUAGCACAUACCCGACAAGCCCUGCGCAGCUGCUGCUCCCAAUGUCCCAUAUGCAUGCCAUGCAGCGGACGCCCUGCCAACCGGGCGGGAACACCGUCCAUACCAGCGCCGCAGCCUCAUCAGGGGGCUCUUCGGUGAGCCUCGCCGCAAUUAUGUACAGCCAAGGUACACUGCUGCGGUGGUUACCCAACACCUGCCCCGGUGUCCAUCUCGGCGUCAUCCACAUGCUCCGGGACAAAAACCUCCUUCGACAUGUGAAUCGAGCGCACGAACUAGUAAGUAUGACCGACGCCUCGGAUGCGGAUGGAGGCACCCCGACCUUCAAAGCUUCGAAGUGCAUACCGUGUUCAUCAAGGUGCUCGUACUUCAGCGCGUAUUACCCCCGGUGUCAACCAUCUCCACGAUGAGAGAACAUACUACGAUAUCUCCGUGCCAGGGUGCUCGUCGGACCUUAUUCCC